AGACAAUAGCCCCAGGAAGUCAUAGCUCCUAUUGUACCACCAAUAAUGAACAUGAUAAUAACAUAGUUUUAUGGGAAUAUCUUUAAAAGACAUUUGUUGUUAACGUUACAAAUUUGUUCUGGGUUGAUUCAUCAGCUGUAGUUCAAGGGAAACAACUAGCACAUACAGGAAGUAGUGAGGUCAAUAGUUCGUAAGGUAGGGACCGCGCCAAAACCGGAACAAACUGCUUGGUCUAUUUUAGUAGUACUACGAUCUGUCUUACAUAGUGAGUAUUAAUUAUCUCUUUUCAAUCCAAAGCAUCUCUUGUUGAAUUCAAAUAGUAGGUAUGUAAACCGUCAAAUAAUUGUUGAUCGAAUCCAUUAAAUUACAAUUUCAUAUAUAUUUUUUAUAAUUUUAAGGAUGUUUGAGAUAUAAAUUAUAGCCAACUAAUAGCGAUAUGCUACUAAGCAACAAAGGCACCAUCAAAAUUCAAACCUGGAUCGUUAUUCGUAAUAGUUAGAAAUGAUUUCUGUCCUUUUAGUACUUAACUUACGAUUGAUAUGCAAAUAUCGGUUGCCAAUAAUUCAAAAUCUUUCAAUAUUGUAACAAUAAAUUGGCCCAUUAGUCAUUACUACGCGUAAGAAAGUAGAAUUAAUUGUCGGAAGUUCCUUGAACUAAGUGUUAAAAAAAAAUGGUUGAGUAAAUGUUAAAAUUAAAGUAAGGGUAAUUCUGACAAUGACAGCUUGCGUUUCUUAGGAUGUCGUUUUCUGUAGUUUUGUUAUUAAAACAUCAAACUAUAUGGAUAGGCUCCUAAUCAUUCAUUAACUUGGGAUACGAUACGUUUGUUGACGCCCGCCUUAAUCUUUGUAGUUUCUAACAGCGCCCCCCCCCCUUUUUUUUUUAGGUGGGUUUGUAGUUACUAAUAGUAGUAACUAUUCAGCCUCUUGCCCUAAUUCAGUAAUUCAAGUAGGCCUAAACCUAAUUGUGGGUUAUUUAUUAAUGAUAAACAUCAUUUGCCUUGGAGCUAGUGAUUUAUUAUAAUUUAUAAUAUGAAAUUACAUCCCUCCUGCAAGUACAUCAUCUUUGCAUUGAUGAACAGUAAAUUUGGAGAGAUAGUACCGCAGCCGCCAUCUUAGUUGCGGCGAUCUGCAGAUUUAUGCCCUAAAUGUAUCCGUAAACCUAACCUGGACCCUAAACUUAUCCCUAACCUGGGUUUUCACCCUAUCGGAACUAGGGACAAGACACGCGAAUGACGUCUGGGUACUAUCUAUCCAAAUUAGCCUGAUAAACAUUUACUCAAUAGAAUUGGGCCUAGCCUACAGUUUUUUUUUUUUUUUUACUGUUUUCUCUCUAGGUCAUGGCACAGAUGGAUGAUAUACCCACAUUUAAGGUAUUUAAUGUGUGCCAAUUUUUGUUGGCCCUUGCCUACUUUAAAUUAUGUUAAAUACCUACAUGCUGAAUAAAUAAGCACAUAAUUGCUUUUCUAUUUCUGUGUUGGAUUUAUAAAGUCCACAACCCCAGGGAAAGUUUAUACAAAUAUAUCUAGGCUUUAACUUAAGGACUAUAUUUUGCCCACAUUAAUGCUCUAUUUCUUUCACCUUGAGAUCAUCCUUUUUGAUUUGCAAUUUAUAGCCACCCCUCUUUAACUUUACAGCUAGUGUUGGUUGGAGAUGGUGGUGUUGGAAAGACUACAUUUGUCAAGCGUCAUAAGACUGGAGAAUUUGAAAAGAAAUAUGUUGGUACGUAGAUGGAGACCCUAUUUCACUUUUUUUAAAUGUCUAAACUUUUUGUAGAUUUGCAUGUUCCUAAGUUAAUGAAUUUUUUUUGCCUUUUGUUUGUACCAAGAGAGAGUUUUAUUUGAAUAUUUGUUUUCCAUUUUUAUUCAGCAACCUUGGGAGUAGAAGUGCAUCCACUAGUUUUUCACACAAGCAGGGGGCCUAUUAAGUUCAAUGUGUGGGACACGGCUGGUCAAGAAAAAUUUGGAGGCCUGCGUGAUGGUUAUUACAUUCAAGGUUAGUAUCUUGGAAGCCUAUUUUGAAUUUUAGUCAUUAAGGAAGUUUGGCCGGUGAUGAUUACAUUGAUCUGAUACACUUGAUGCGAUUUUAUGUCCCUCUAAUCUGAGGCUCUUAUAUACAUUGUUAUUCUAUUUUUUCCAGAUUUUUAUUGCUGUUUUACAUUUUGUUAAAAACUUGUUUCACAGGUCAGUGUGCCAUCAUUAUGUUUGAUGUCACAUCUCGGGUCACAUAUAAAAAUGUUCCUAAUUGGCACAGGGAUUUAGUCAGAGUGUGUGAGAACAUCCCCAUCGUUUUAUGUGGUAACAAGGUGGAUAUUAAAGACAGAAAGGUCAAAGCCAAGACAAUUGUGUUUCACAGAAAAAAGAACCUACAGGUAUACUUUUUAACAGUAUUGAUCUUUUUUAAAUCUAAAUGCAAAGAAGCUAAAUUUAUACAAAUCACAAAAACGGGCGUAAUUCUAAUUAAUUAUUUUCACUAAUUCUAAGAAUGGUGUUAAUAAUUAUGUAGUAGGGUAUAUCGCACUGUCAACCAGUGAUCAGGAGUUAUUUUUUUCCCUUAAGAGACUGAAGUACUUCUCGAAAAGAUUGUGACUUGUGCUUUAUUUAAAAUCUGGGGUAACUAUGUUUUGCGCUUUUUCUAGCAAUGUAUUUUUUUUUUUUAAUGGGCAAUACCAUUAUUAGGGAUCUGAUUUGAAUUCGAACCAAAAUAGUUUGAUUUGCCUUCAUUACAGUUGGUGAAUUUCUGUUCACUUUCUUUCUUUGCGAAACGCGAUAUCUUUUGUUAUUUAAAAAAAAAAAAAGAACUCACCAUUUACUCAAUUCUCUUGAGCCACUAUUUAAAUUUGGGUUUAUUCUUGAAAGUCUAUUGAUUUAAAAAAAAACACACUUUUCAAGGAUUAGAGCCAGUGAUGAUUACAUUGUUCUGACACAUUUGAUGCUAUAUAUGUCCCUCUAAUCUGAGGCUUCUAAAUAACUACUUUGAUGUUCUGUGUUGCUCAUUUGCAGCAAUGACCCUUUUCUAAUUUUCACUUCAAAGGAAGAAUAAAAAGAAAAUCAUAAGCAUCCCCCCCACCCCCCUUUUUUGUGUGUGUGUGUGAAGGGGGGGGGGGAUUAUCUGAACAACAUUAAGAAUUUAUUUAUCAAGGUAUAAUUGUAAACUAGCUACGUUUUGUACUUAGAACAAAAUUGCCUGAACAUUAAGGGGAUCCACAGGUCACGAAAUAAUCAAAAUUUGACAAAAAAUAUAGAUUCUUGAAAACUUGGAUUUUCUGUAGCUUAUGAUUUGGUAAAAUUAAAAUUAUACAAUUAAAACAAAAUAGUUGUGAUUUGAAGGGGUAGGGGUCUAUGUUUUUGUUAACUUCAAAUUAGCAGUUUUUAACACGUUUGCACGGAAACCCUCAGUUCAAUUUUAUCAUAUUUGGUAUCGCUGGAAAGCUAAACAUCACACGAAGAAUGCCUUUCCGAUGACUAAUUUAUCUAAAAAUAACCAUUCACAUAAAAAAAAACGCUGUUUAUCACGUGUAAACAAAGGUAGAUUAUUGGCUAUUCAUAGUUAUAAACAAUUCUUAGCAUGUCUGCCUCUUUCCUUUGCGGAAGCAUAGCCUUAUGACAUUUUCACUUCGAUACGCAUAAAAGAGAAAGCUUCUUUCGUGGAUUCACACUGACAAUUUGCUUUACUGUUUAAGGAUUUGAUUAUUUCCAGUUGAUUUCAUCAUUAACGGUAAGAUAAAUUUGUAUAUAUUUUUAUAAUAGAUUUUCGUAUUAUAUUUUUGUUCAUUGGUUAUGUGGACUAAGCUUAGUGCGGUAGCGUCAGUAACCUUAGACUUAUCACUUACACUGAGUAGACCUAUGCCUAUCUAUUAUAUAUACCUGGUUAAUGUUUGAUUUCUAAUUAAGACACAAACUAAAUCUACAUAGAAGAAGAAACGAAUAAAGUUAAACAUUUUUCUACUUUUAAUUAUUAUUAUUAUAAUGAUUUAUAUAACCUACACUUACACGUGAAACAUUUGAUAUUGAAAUAUUUAUACUACAAAAUUAUAGGCCUAUUUUUAUUUACUAAUAUUUAGUUCUUGUUGAACCUACUAAAUUAUUAAAAGUAGUGUAUUAGUAUAGUUGGUUAUUUUCAAUUACAUGACUUCAUUCAUGCAACUUUUUGCCACAUACGAUUGCUUUGUUUAUGAUAUUGUUUUCUUAUAUUAAUUUUUAUUUCUCUAUUACUUCAGUGUCAUGCCUCCAACUAAAGAAUACACUGCCUCAAGAUCUAAGCUGAAGAGAAAGCGGACAGACAGCUAUGGCAUGAGCAGCAAAGUUGCAGAAGCAAGAAUUCUCAGCCAAUGCUUUGUCCCCUGCCAGUUCAACAACCACUGCACCUGAUAUUCAGGAUAUCCAACCCGAAUCUCUUGAACAGGAACAGUUAUUAUCUGCACCAAAGCGUAAACAUGAGUUUUUGCUACCAACGACAGCCCCGUUGAUUCAUUUUUGCCCACAAAUGUAGCAAUUGAAACUUUGCAGACUUUAUUUACAGGGCUGUAAUGUGCUUCUUGCUGUUUUCAAACUCUUCACCUUAAGCAGGACGAGAAAAAAAACUGGACUGGCAGUAUACUUGCAGGUAUUUUGUUCAACCUGUGAAGAGGUAAAGGCAGAGAAAUUUACCUCUCCAAAAUCUGACAGGUCUAUACUCUGAACAGACUGGCAGUGAAUGCAUCAUUAGCAAAUGGAAUGGCUGUCAAAAAAAAUUUCUGAACUAAUGAAUGUACCAGUCAUGCAUUCAAAAACCUAUAGUCAGCACACAAAAGUAAUUUUUGAACAGACAAAUUCAUUUUCAGCAAAGCUACUGGCUGAAAGUGCUCAAACUGUAAGAAAGGCUUAUCCAGAGCAGGAUAAAAAAAACUCAAAUCAUUUAUAUUGAUGUAUCAUAUGAUGGUACGUGGCAGACAAGGGGCUACAAGUCAAAAUAUGGUGUAGGCUGCAUCAUAGAGAAUAGAACUGGACUUGUGGUGGGCUUUCAUGUGAUGUCAAAAUAUUGCCAUACAUGCAGCAAUAUGGGAGGCAGAUUGAUGAAAAUAAGUCAAGCUAUGUUUGAUGCUUGGUACCAUAGGUCAUCCUGCGACAUCAACCAUUAUGGCUCAAGCAGGAGCAUGGAGCAGCAGGCUGCUGUGAAAAUGUGGGCUCGUUCAUUGGAGAAGCUUCGCUUCAGGUAUAGGAGUGUUGUUUCUAAUGGCGAUACUAACACUAUAGCAGCCAUCCAUGAAAUUGACUCAUAUGAGUGUCUCACUGGAAAAGCAAGAAUGUGUCAACUAUGUUGCGAAAAGAUAGGGCACAGCUUUGAGGAAUGUAGGGGAGGUUUUAAAAAAAGCAAAAAAUCACUCUUGGUGGUAAUGGGAGAGGGAAGCUUACUCAGUCUAAGAUUGGUAAGCUUCAGAUAUGUUUCACUAAAGCCCUGUGCUCCAACUCCACUGUUCCUCAAAUGGGAAGGCAAUAUGGGCCACAUUUCAUCACUCAUUUCCACAGAUGAGAAACUCAUUCACGGUGGCUGUCCUACUGGUGCUGCUUCAUGGUGCUUCUACCAGAGAGCUGCAUCUAAAGGUCUUUCACUUGCUCUCAACUUACCUAUGCCCUUUAGUUGCAGAGCACAUCAAACCUGUAUUUGAAAGGAUGGCGCAGGAUGAAUUGUUGCAGCAGUGUGUUGAGGGCGAGACGCAGACAGUAAUGAAUGGAUACAUUUUGUGAUUUGGGUCAUUUCCCUUUGCACCUUUUUAUUGGUAGACAGCGGCUGGAAAUUUCAGUCUGUAUUGGUGUUGGGGAGUUCAACAGGAGGUUGAAGGCCUCACAAGUUUUUUUAACCCUAAUAAAUGUGAAGGCAGGAGUUCAAACCCAUCUACUUGGGGGGAAAAAAAGGACAUUACACAUAUCUGUAAAGCCAAGAAGUCCUUAGAAAAUAAUGAAGCAUUGAGGAGGGAUAUAAAAUAAGCUGCAGAAAAAGAAAUGGAGAGAGUUGAGUUAGAGGAAGGUGAGCCGCAGUAAUUACCAAGAGAAGCUGAUUUUUUAUGUAACUAUUUUUCUAAAUUUUAAAUGUAUAUAUUGCAAUUUUUGUUGAUUAUGUAGUAUGAUAUUUUGAUUUUCAGUUUAAGUCAUAAUAAUAAUAUUGUUGAAAUGUUUUGGUGCUCAAAGUAAGAUAUCUUUUUUACUUUUUUUUUUUUUUAGCAGGUUGGACGUUGCUUAGUGGUCUCUGAAAAUUUCUUUUUCAUUAUUUUACAUCACAUUUUUGCUUAUUCAUUUGCCAAUUGAUUUUUAUGUUGAAUUAGAUGGAGUUUAUUUGCUAACAUUAUGAACAAAUUUUUAUUUUCUUCAAAAUUACAUUUUCUAUUUUCCUCUAAAUACAUUUUUUAAAAGGAUACUGAAUGUUAUUCUUCGCUUUUCUCAAAAUCUACCUGUCCAAUUGUUUUAAAAUUGUUUAUACUUGUUGGUUAAAUAUGAUCCUGGAAAAAAAUAUUUUCACUGAAAGUCAUAUUUUUAAAGAAAAAUUUGUACGGGCAAACAAAAACUAAACAGCACCAAAAGGACUCGAAAUUAAAAGAUCCAUCUUUUUACCCAAAGUCUCAAUGUUGUUACAUGUAGUAUUAGUAGGCUUAUGGCUAGUUAAAUUAAAAAUUUGAGACCUGUAGCUGCUGUGGCUUUUAUAUAAAACACUUCCAAUGAUGCCCAUGAUUUACACCCACCACCCCCCAAUCUUGCUCCACUGGAGUAAAGUAAAAUUUUUGAAAAUAAUUAAAUUUUUCCACCAUAUUUUGCCUAUAUGCAUAAUAUAAAAACUUUAAACAUGUUAAAAUGUUAAUAAUUUAGAAAAUGAAAAUGUAGAAGCAAUUUAUGUGAAAUCUUGAAUUAGUUUCUAAUGCUCUUUUUUACAUUUUGUUAUAUUUAUUUUGAUAUUUUUAAAACUGGGCGCUGUAACCAGAUUCAUGUUCUGUAUUAAGAUUGUAUUAACUGUUGAUCAUUGAUUUUUACAGUACUAUGACAUCAGUGCAAAAAGCAACUACAACUUUGAAAAGCCCUUCCUUUGGUUGGCUCGCAAGUUGGUAGGAGACCCCAAUCUUGAAUUUGUUGAAAUGCCUGCUCUUAUUCCACCUGAAGUACAAAUGGAUGCAGCUCUUGCUCGUAAAUAUGAGGAUGAACUUAGGGUGAGUUAUCAAUUUUUUUUGCUUAGCUUCUAAGUAAUUUGGAGGUUUUCUCUAGUCAUGAAGUGUUUAUGAGAAAUAUUUUGCUGCUCAAUAAAUUGUCAUUCAUGAUUUUACACCUGUCCUCCCUCACUAGUUUUUAACCAUAAGUUUUUAAUGGUGACCAUGUCUUAAUUUCAGGUUGCACAAGAAACUGCUUUGCCUGAUGAUGAGGAAGACCUUUAAAUUGCAGUUGACUGCUUUUUGUGUAGCAUUUGCCCCACAUUUUGGUACUUGGACAAAUAGAAGUGUUGCUCGUAUGAAGUCAAUUUUAAAAAAAUAAAUACUUGAUUGGAAUUAGUUUUAGAAAAGUAAGCUUUUUCCAUAUACUUGUAUACCUAGAAUUUUCUUGAAAUGUAUAUAUAUAAAUAUAAAAAGUUACCCUGUUUUUUGUGGAGAGUCUAAGGUUCUAAAACUAAAGGCUAAUUUGUUUCACUUUAAAUCUGUUACCGGUAUCUAAAACGGGGCCUUGGCCAUUGAGUGGUUUUGUGAAAAUGUUUCAAAUUAUGUUUUUAUAAUUUAUGAUCCUUUUUGUCCAAGUACCUAAUAUUUUGUUUUUUAAAAUCUUUAAUUAUAUUAGCACUUUCUGAUAAAUGACAUGACAGCAUAGUGAUAUUGUUUGAACCUAAGUUGUUGCUAAUUUUGUAUCUAUAUCUCCAUGGGCCUUAUUCUCUCCACACAAUAAGAUAAGAUUUAAUCAGAUUUGCCCCGCGUUUCAACGUAUAUUUUCUUCUUUUAUAUAUAUAAAAAUGCUUCUUUUUAUAUACAUAACAGAUGGAUACAUUUGUGACUUUCCUAUUAAUUUAAACGAGUUUUUAGUUGUUAAAGAAUAUGUUAUUGCUUUUGUGUUAGAGUUUAUCAUUGUUAUGAUGCCUAAUUUACAAUGUUAGCCACUAGAGCAUUGCUUAGAGACUUGGUUAAUAUUCAUUACAGCUUGGAUUGAUAAAUAUCACAUUUAGUGUUCACACUUUUCUUAUACAAUGUAUGAGGAAAUGUCAUGUAGAAAGAAAACGGUGUCCUGAGGUUCCCAAGUGAUUUGUAAAUCUAUUAAAAUUGAUACCAGUUGCCAUUGAUACAGGAUGCUGUUGAGGGGAGGGUGGGAUAUAACAGUCAAAUUGGAACUCUGCUUGAUGUUGUUUUGUCUUAUUUGUACUGCCACAUUGACCUGACAAUAAAAUUCAAUUGAACUUUUCCCUUUUUUUUUCUCUAUUUUUUUUAUAGUACUAAUAAAAUAGUACUAUAUAUUUUUUGUAUGACCAAGUCAUCUGAUUUAAUGUGAAAUAUGGCUCUAUUGAUUGAGGUGUCUGAGUAAUUAGCCCUGGUUAUUUGAGUGAACGGCCAAAUGUAGUAUCCUGUUCUUUUUGUAUAUUGAUAAACUGGCAACACUGACAAAUAUUUAUUGCUGAAUGUACUAUAGUUUUCAUUGCCUGUAUUUUCAAAGUCUUUUAAUUUUAGAUA